GCAAACACAGCUACAGAUCCAAAAUACAAGUGAUUUUGUGAGUAGCAACAUAAAAAUUAUGGGAGAAGAAUUGAAGCUUUAUGGCGCUAGGGGAAGCCCUUUCAGUGACAGAGUAAACAUAGCUCUGAAACUCAAAGGUGUUGAAUACAAAUAUUUUGAAGAAAAUUAUUUAAACAACAAGAGCACUUCUCUCCUCAAAUAUAAUCCAAUUCACAAGAAAGUCCCUACCUUUGUCCACAACGAAAAGCCCAUAGCAGAGUCACUUGUAAUUCUUGAAUACAUCGAUGAGACAUGGAAGACUCACCCCAUCUUGCCUCAACACCCUUAUGAAAGAGCUCAAGCCCGUUUCUGGAGUAAUUUCAUUGAUGACAAGAUCGUGCCAACAACACUUAAAGUAGUUAAGGCAAAGGAGGAGUGGAAAAAUACAUUAGAAGAAUUGAGUGAGUAUCUGGAGAUGUUAGAGAAAGAGUUGAAAGACAAGUAUUUUGGAGGAGAAGGCAUUGGGAUGGUGGACAUAGCAGGAAACUUCAUAGCCCAAUGGAUCCCAACAACAAAAGAGCUUGUUGGAGUAGAUAUAUUGACAGAGGCAAAAUUUCCAAAGCUCUAUCAAUGGAGCUGCGAUUUUGCUACUCAUCCUGCGAUCAAAGAAGUAUCGCCCUCUAAAGAAGAAAUCAUUGCUAUCUUCAAACCUCGUUGUUAUAGGUAG